AUGUCCAUCGAAAUCGUCCCCCUGGCGGAGACCGAUAUACCUGGUGCCGUAGAAUGUGUGCAGAAAGCAUUCGAAGACGAUCCUUAUUUUUGCUGGGCAUUUGAUGAUCCAUCUCAGUUCAAUAAACAACGCAAUGCAGCCUCUCUCGCCGCACAUUUCCAGUACGGACUCAACUGCGGCUGCCCCAUCUCAGUCGCCAAAGUAACUCGCGCAUCCAGCGAAACCAAAACUAACCGCGAAAUUCGCCUCCCGCCCGGUAGCGUUGUCGGAGUUGGCUGGUGGUACUCACCCAAGGCCGCGUCGACGACCCAGACAUGGUCUGUAUGGGCCCAGGAAUGGAUUUUGUCAUUCCGGCAACUCCUCAAUAACAUCCGCUUCUUCGGCCGUGGCGGCCUGAAUAUCCGCCGGUACUGGAUCUGGAAGCAGGUGCAGCACGAGGCUCAUAUCUCUCUGUGGGAUGACCCGCGCGGGUAUCAUUUCUGCAAUGUGCUGGGUGUCAGUUCUGAGGUGCGCGGUAUGGGCGUGGGAAAGAAGUUGAUGGAGAGUGUUAUGGAUCUAGCUGAUCAGGAGGGGAUGCCGUGUUACCUCGAGAGCUCUAAGGGAUAUCCCAAUGUGCAGAUCUAUGAAAAGAUGGGGUUCCAUCUUGUCAAGGAGAUUGAGUGUGCGGAUGGACCGGAUGUUUGCAAGAUUUAUUGCAUGAUUCGGUACCCAACAUUCAAGAUCUAG